AUUUCCACACGAGAAUAACUAAAAGUAUUUUAGUGCAAAAUGACAUUUUUGUUCAUGGGAAUGCUGAAGUUGUCGAUGAUCCUUGGUGGCACACACUUUGUAGUAUCCAGGAACUCUUACAGUCGAAGAGGUGUACAAAGAUCGCGACCAAUUCGCAGCGCUGGUGCGAGAGGUGGCCGCACCUGAUGUCGGCCGCAUGGGCAUUGAAAUACUCUCAUUCACCAUCAAGGACGUCUACGAUGAAGUGCAAUAUUUGGCCUCGCUGGGCAAGGCGCAAACGGCGAGCGUUAAGCGAGACGCCGAUGCGGGCGUGGCUGAGGCCAAUCGUGACGCCGGCAUACGCGAAGCUGAAUGUGAAAAAAGCGCCAUGGAUGUAAAAUACUCCACGGAUACUAAGAUCGAGGACAAUUCGCGUAUGUAUAAGUUGCAGAAAGCAAACUUUGAUCAGGAGAUCAACACAGCGAAGGCCGAAUCGCAAUUGGCUUAUGAAUUGCAAGCGGCGAAGAUACGCCAAAGAAUACGUAAUGAGGAGAUACAAAUCGAAGUUGUCGAACGACGUAAACAAAUCGAAAUCGAAGCACAGGAAGUGCAACGCAAGGAACGCGAACUCAUGGCUACCGUGAAACUGCCAGCCGAAGCGGAGGCACAUCGUGUACAAACUAUAGCACAGGGCAAACAAUGCCAAACAAUCGAAGCUGCCCGCGCUGAGGCCGAGAAGAUACGCAAAAUUGGUACAGCUGAGGCUCUUGCUAUUGAAGUGGUGGGCAAAGCGGAGGCCCUCAGCAUGAAGUGUAAGGCGCAGGUGUAUAGGCAGUACGGUGAUGCUGCCAUUAUGAACAUAGUACUUGAAUCUCUGCCUAAGAUCGCUGCCGAAGUAGCUGCACCACUCGCCAAGACCGAUGAGAUCGUACUCAUUGGUGGCAAUGACAAUUUAACAAACGAUGUAACACGUUUAGUAGCACAAUUACCACCGUCAAUCAAUGCACUCACCGGUGUCGAUCUAACGAAAGUGUUGUCGAAGAUACCCGGAGCCAAGGCGUGAAAUUCAAUGCAACACUCCAGCAUGCAAACACCACAAGAUGCCAGAUCGAUGAUGUUAAUGACGUAAAAAUGAACGGUAUAUGGAAUGACGAUGACGAAAAGUGAAAAAUAAAGUUAAUAAAUAAAUUACAAGAAAUAAUAAAAUAAAUAAAUAAAAUUGAAAUCAAACACAAUCACGUAAACAACAAAAUUACAACAAAUUAAGACGAAGAAAAAACUGAAGCAAAAAUUAUUGUAUUUCGAAAUUUAAUAGAAAAAAUUAAAAUAAAGCUGCAUAUUUCUAGUAAACAAAAACGAAAAUUGGCAACAAAUGUAACAUUAAGCAUAAGUUAUAUGUAUGUAUUAAAAACAAAAAACAGUGAAAGCUAAAAAAAAUAUUCAAAUUUAUUAAAAAGCAGAAAAAUGUCACGGAAGGACGGAAAUAUUUAUAUUUAUUAUAAAAAGAAAACGAAAUACGAAAAACUCUAGCUUAGGCGCCUAUUUUUCAAAAUUGCUAUUUUAAAUAUACUCGCCUCUUUAUUAUCAAUGUACAACAACACACACACUUAUACAAGAAGCCGUACGUGUAUAUCUAUGCAAACAUACAAACUCUUCUACAAUUGUAAGGCAGUAAAAAUGGAUUGAAGUUAUUGAAAAAUGUUCUAGGCAGAAACAGAAGAAAAGCAAAAAGCUGCUCAAAUAGCUCUUUGACUGGCAACUGUGACAAAUGUACACAAAACACUCAGUUGUUGGGAAUAUUCACUUUCCAGACAUUCUCGAUUAUUUUUGAUAUACUCGCAUGCAUUAAGCAAAGGCCGUAAAUCAUGCGGAUAUGUAGAACUCAGUUGUUUAAAAAAAAGAUAAAACAAAAAAAAAAACCUCUAUCUCUCUUCCGUUUUACAUAUAUGUAAGUAUAAAAGUGUAUGUGUAAUGCCUCAAUGUCUUCAAAUACUCUUGAAACUGUAAAAAUCUGUAGGUGUAGUUUAACGCGAAUUGAUAUCUAAGUAUGUGUGUACUCUACAAGUAGUUUCUCUUUAUUUCGAUUUAAAGUAUGUAAAGUAAAAGUUUUAAUGUGGAAUUUUUGUAAUUUAGGUAAGUGCAAUUUUAGCAAACAGAAAUUCGAAAAAUAUACCUACUAGCUAAUAAAAAGUAAAGACGACUUGAAAAAUAAUUUCAAAGGUAUAAAAACUGCACAUCGCUCGUUUGUUGCAUCAGUAGUCGAAAAAGCAAAAAUUCACGAAAGACGACUUGAAAAAUAAUUUCAAAGGUAUCAAAACUAAAACAAAAGUAUAAAAACUACAAAAAUUCACGAAAGACGACUUGAAAGUUUACUCUAAAAAAACUAAAGGAAAGUAAAACACCCAUUUUUUCUAAUGCGUUAGUGGGCCUCUUCGGAAAUGCAUCACGGUUAACUCGUAGCGCUUAAGAUUUGACAUAAGAUGCACACCUGUGCUCACAACAAUAGUAGCGGGGCAUAUUGCAAAGUUUAGACUAUUUAUUUAUUUGAUAUUUAUUAUAAUUUUAUUUAUUUUUUUAUAAAAAUAUUAUUCAUGCUACAACAAAAAUCAUUUAACUUGAAAUUUCAAAUUUUGUACAAAAUUAAAAAAAACAAACCAUCACUAAAAAUUUUACGAAAAUUUAAA